CUUGUGGGCACUACCUCACGGCUCGCAUCAGCCUCUUAAAGGGCAUAUUUCCAAGCUGUGUGGGAACAGAUGUAAAAAGGGUUUUUAUUUGAGGCAGUAAUCCAUCUAAAAGCUCCGCUUUAGUGGUGGAAAUCGGGAUAUUUCCACAACAGCCGCGCGAGGGCAGCACAGCACCGCCCGAUGCUUCCCUCACACCGCCGUGCACACAGCGCUACUUUCCAAAGCCUUUUCCUUAAUACUUUGUAAUGUUACAGCGCGCUCAGUGACGCUAUGGCCAAAGCUAUUACUUUCCUCGCCCUGCAUUACUCAAAGGAGCGGAUAUUUUUCCAAACAUUCGGUGUUUUUUUGUAUUUCCCGAGCCCUGCGGCCUGCCCUGCUCCGCCCCGGCCGGGAGGAGCCAACGCUGGCGGCCGCCCCACCCUUAGCGACGGCGGGGCCCGGCCAUGAGGCUGAGCCGGGCUGCAGUGCUGGCCAGGGCCAAAGCCGUCGCUCUCGAUGGGGUCCGGAGGCUGAACUGCUGGGGCAGCCACAUCACAGAUAUAUCCAUAUGCCGGGAUCUGCCCAACGUUGAGGUGAUCACAUUCAGCCUGAAUGGCAUCUCAGACCUCGAGCCGCUGAACCAAUGCCAGAAUCUGAGUGAGCUCUACUUGAGGAAGAACAACAUAGCAAGCCUGAAUGAGCUCUUCUACCUCAAAAACCUGCCCCGGCUGAGGGUCCUGUGGCUGUCUGAAAACCCCUGCUGUGGGUCGGACCCCCACCGCUACAGGAUGACGGUGCUCCGCAACCUCCCCAGCCUGCAGAAGCUCGAUAAUCAAGCCGUGACAGAGGAAGAGCUGUCCCAGGCCCUGGUUGAUGGGGAGGAAAUCACGGCCCCACCAGCCAGGAGGAGUAUGGAGAAUGGCUGCUCUGCAUCCACAGAGUCCAGUGCUGCCGAAUCCACAGUGGAGACUGAGAGCGAGAUGCUGAGCUUCGGUUUGGAGGAGACCAACAAAAUCCGAGAGCAGCUUGGUAUGAAGCCUGUUCCUAGGGAUAAAUUUUCCUCCUUCUCAUCUCAAGAGGUGGACUGUAGCCAAAAGACAAGAGAGCCAGAGGUGUGCGGGCAGUCUAUGCAGGACUGGGUGGACGAGUUUGUCCUGCAUUCCAAACAAUGUGCUGAACGCCAUCCUGCUUCUCACGAAGGAGCUGGACGCGGAAGGUCUGGAGAUUGUCCAGCAGACAGUGGGGAGGAGGCUGCAGGCCUUUCGGAAGAGAGAGCUGCAAGAGGAGUGAGGGUGCGUGCUGUAUCCUGGAGCACUCCGUGAGCCAGGGAGCUUGCCCCAGCCCAGCAGCACCACUCUGCCCAUACAUGCCUGGCUCAGCACGUCCCGCUGCACUUCCCCUGUGGAUGAGGUGAUGCUGGCUGAGAGCAACUGCCCCUUUACCUCUCCUGACAUUGCCCCUGGCUGUGUGCAUCACGCUGGCAGGAUCUGCCUCUCAGGAGCUUUCCUGCUGGCCUGGCAGGCUCUGUUAAUGUGUGCAUGUUGCAUCACUGGGGUCAUUCGAUGGGAGCCAUGGCAUGAUCAACAAGAAAAAGCUAAUAGGGCUGUGGGCAGAGGUGCUGCUGUGCUGUACAAAUGAAGGGGCUGGAAAGCCUGACAGCAGCCAGAAGUACCACUGCUCCCUGUUGGCCGAGCACUUGGCCAGUUGUCAUAGAACAGGCUCUGAAGGCAGCUUCUCCCACAAAGGUUUGUUUGAAUCUUGGGAAGACGCUGCCUGAAGGGUUUUCAACAACUCUCUGGUGCAGAUGGUGAAGGUCAAUGUCAAAUUCUUUCUUUAUCUUAAAACUCUUGAUUUCUUUCGGCCUUGUUAGUACAAGCAGCAUCUGAUUCCAUGGUCAGGUGGCCCAUGGAAGACCUUGGUGCAGCCUGGGUGAAGCAGCACAUCCUGAAUGCUCUGCUGUAGUUUCGCCCCUGCUUGCCCUCGCAGGCAUUUGAGCAGCCCAAGGGAAAAUGAACCUUAGAGCAAAAUGCUCCUGUGUGUUUUGGGAGAAAACGAGCCAAGCAUUGCUGUCGGAAUGCACAGGUAUCAAGGGUGGUGCUUAAGUGAAGAAGCUGCGUUCAGAAGGGUUUUACAAAGCUGUUAAAUACCACUUGAAACAUUGUGACAUAGCAAAUAAAAGCCGUUUUCCCUCUAG